GCACGCCGCCGCGGCACCGCCACCAGACGUGUCCGUAGCUUCCACGCGACAAUAUAUUUUUAUUAAUUUAUUAUAGUGUAGUGCUAUCAGUAACCGAUAGGUAUAGCCAGUGAGCUGCGGAGAUAACAUGUGAGUACAUACAUAUCAAUAGCAAUAAAUUAGUGAAUCCGCAAUGACUCUAUCGAAUACGCACGAUAGCGAACUCGCAAUCACGGCUUCCGAAAUACUCGAUGGAUCUUCCAACUGGGACACCCUGUACUGCUCACACCUCUGGUCCAAUAGCCACCUACGAAGUGCCAUCAUCAAUGGGAACCACCAUGACAAUAAUAAAAUGAUUAAAUAUUGCUACACGUGUAGAGGGAAGAUAAGAAAAUAUGAAAUAAGAUCGCCAAAAGAUAGUUUUAUACCAAAUACACAUUCUACUCCAAACGGAAAGACCUUCAUAAAUAAUAAUAUAAGCUUAGAAGAAAAUUCUAGAAUAGUUGAAGAUGCAUGUUCCAUAGUCGUACCGUGCAAUAGGAGCGCGAGCGUGCAUAAAAACGACGAACCUAUAGAUACGGAGAGCAAUCAGUGCAUUCCAUCGAUAUCGCGGCAAGUAGACUCCAGCUUGCGGCAGAAAUACUCCUCCUAUGAACCUCGUCCUAAUAAUGUAAGCCACAGGAGACUGAGGAAGAGCCUGAAGGGCAUCGGCUGCGUGGUGAGCCUGGCGCUCACCGACACUCCCGUCAAGAAGCGAACUCAAAUACAAGCGUGCUCAAUUAUUGUGAUGAUAGUCGCUAUCGUAGUUAUAACCUUUGUUUUGGUAAACUGUACUAGUCCAAAUUUUAAAUCGAACGUUUUAAGUUCAACAGCAGUGCCAACACAAGUAUUAAAGUCUAAUGAGUCUACCUCGGCAAUCAUUAAUUUAGAUCUACAACCGCAGCAGCGAACUGAAACCACUACGAGUGUCGUGGACACCACUACAGUGGAACCCCUAGUGUUGACCACUAGAAACACGUCGAAGCUUUCAGAUGUUUUAGAAAAGAUAAGAAAGAAUAUAAAAACGUUCUCAAAGGAUGCCAAGAAGAGUUAUGUGGACGUGGUCAUGGACAAGAAGCCGAAAGAAAUAAACAAUAGAGAUUUGUCGCUCAAGUUUUGCUCGUGCCAAACAGAUGAAGUCUGCAUGUUGAAUGAAAACAGCGGGACUGCUCUAUGCAAAAAAGCCAUCGACGUUGAUGAUCCGACAGGGUGCGGCGGCCUAUGCGCGCUGGAAACAGAGGCAUGCCAGCUGGUGGACCGCGCGCGCGGGGUGCGCGUGUGCCGCCUGCUGACCCUCAUCACGUGUGGAGAAGACGAGUGGCGCUGCCGCAACGGGCUCUGUGUGGACGCCGCGGCGCGCUGCGACGGCACCAUACAGUGCUAUGACCGCUCUGAUGAGAUACAUUGUGAUUGUGACCUCACGAAGCAGUUUCGAUGCGGGAACUCCAUUUCCUGUUUUCCUAACUUAAAGCUCUGUGACGGUGUGAUCGACUGCUGGGAUGGUUUCGACGAAGUUAACUGCACUACAGAAUGUCCCCAAGAUCAGUUCACGUGCACCGACGGGCAGUGUAUCAUAUCAUCGAGGUUCUGCGACGGGCUAGCUGACUGUGCUGACGGCAGCGACGAACCCAACGGCUGCGAUGGAGCGUGUGGCACCCACGAGAUGCGAUGCCUGAACAGGCGAUGCGUGCCGCUCAGCGACCGCUGCAAUGCCAUAGACAACUGUGGGGACAACAGUGACGAGCUACAAUGCUCUUGAUAUUCAUUAAUUUUAUUUAAAUCAUGAAAGGGUCAUAUUAUUGAUAAUAGAAUAUCAUCAUCAUCACUGUGUUACUUUAUGCGUGUGAAAGUGUGAAGAACUUAAAUAUUAUUUUGAUGAUUUCGUAAUUAUUAUUUGGUUCUACGUUUUUGUUUCUGUGAAACUUUAAACUGAAUAUAGUAAGUAUAGGUACCUAAAGUUACGGUGGAUAGGUAGAUUGGGUACACUUAUCUAGUUGUAGUGUAGUACGGACUUGUAUUAUAACAAGUGGUAAGUGCCUCUAAAUACCGACAUGUCCAGUGACAUGGUACAACAAAAUACAACGAAAGAUAGUGAUAGCACUGAUAGCCUACCAAACUAUGGAAAUGAAUAAACUCCUGGGAAUGUUUGAAAUUAAAAUAAUAUUUUAAAGUUA